AUGUCGAAAGCUUGGGGUGGAAUCGGCGCGUGGGCCGAUGAGGCGGAACUCGCCGAUAAAGAGCAGGCUGCUGAAGCUACGGCCACGCCGGCGGAUGCGCAGAGUUUCCCGAGUUUGAAGGAUGCUGCGACUACGAAGUCUAAGAAGAAGAAGAAGAUGACUCUAUCUGAGUUCACAAAGGGAGCCUACGCUGCACCAGGUGCUGGGAGCUCUGUUGGAUUGACGAGGGAGCAGAUGCUUCAGCUUCCUACUGGUCCAAGGCAACGCUCUGAGGACGAAAUGCAAUCUGGCCGUCUCGGCGGCGGUUUCUCUUCUUACGGCGGAAGGUCUAGUGGGCCUCCCGGGCGAAUGUCGAGAGAAGAUUCCGAUGGGUCAUGGGGUGCUGGAGGUGGUGGUGCUGGUGGUGGUAGGAGAGGUUAUGGCGGAUUCGACGAUGAUCAGAGGGGUCCUAGGGUUUCCGAUUUCCCUCAAUCGUCUAGAGCCGACGAUGCUGAUGAUUGGGGAAAAGGGAAGAAAUCGCUUCCAGUGAUUGAUCAAGGACGCCAAGGUCGUUAUGGUGGUCUCGGAGGAGGUGGCGGUGGCAGUUUUGGUGGCGAACGUGGUGGUGGUGGUGGUUAUGGCGGAGGAGGUGGUGCUGUCGGUGGAAAUGGCUUCUCAAAAGCUGACGAAGUUGAUAACUGGGCAGCAGGUAAAAGCCAGCCGUCUCUCGCGAAAUCAUCUACAUUUGGAUCGGGUUACCGUGAUUCCGGACCGGAGCCUGACCGGUGGGCAAGAGGAGUCUCUUCCGGUGGUGCUCAGGAGGAGCGUCGUCGUCUUGUUUUGGAGCCACGGAAGGUUGAUACAGGAGGGAGUGAAACUCCAAGUGCUGUGAACACGAGUAAGCCGAGUCCAUUUGGAGCAGCGAGACCGAGAGAGCAAGUCUUGGCGGAGAAAGGAUUGGACUGGAAGAAACUUGACUCGGAUAUUGAGGCUAAGAAAGGAAGCUCCCAAACGAGUAGACCAUCGAGCGCACAUUCGAGCAGGCCAUCAAGUGCUCAAUCUAAUAGGUCUGAGAGUGUAAACAAUGUGGAGAAUGUGGUGAAACCGAGACCAAAGGUGAAUCCUUUUGGCGAUGCGAAACCUCGGGAAGUAUUGUUGGAGGAACAAGGGAAAGAUUGGCGCAAGAUUGAUUCUGAACUUGACCAUCGCAGGGUUGACAGGCCUGAAACAGAAGGAGAGAGAAUGUUGAAAGAAGAGAUUGAAGAACUGAGGAAGAAACUCGAGAAGGAAGCAGCCAUCGCACCCGAUAGCAAGGAAUCUCAACAAGAAACAGAGAGUAAUAACCAUAAUCUACCGGAUCUUAUACGGGAGAAAGAGAAAGACCUCGACUUACUAAUCCGUGAGCUGGACGACAAAGUAAGGUUCAGGCCAAGAACGUUUGAGAGACCUGGAUCGAGUGCAGGCAGAAGCGGUGGCUAUUCAGAGAGACCUCAUUCCCGGGGUGGAUCAAUUGACGAGUCUAGGAAUGUUGAAUCCAUGGAAAGACCUAGAUCUCGUGGCACAGGUGAUAAUUGGCCAAGACCAGUUGAUGAUCGAAGAAGCUUCCAAGGAAGCAAGGAACGUGGAUUCUUCAGCAACAGAAACUUCGACAGGUCAUCGUCUUCGAGGGAUGGAUGGUAA